AUGCCAAUCAAAACAUAUUUACUGAACAAAUUCUUGGGUCGAAAAUGUCGUAUCAACGGUAUUUUCCCUUCAAAUCAUUUGCCACAGAAGAAACAUUUAUGUCAAGCAUUUACCGAUCAUCUAAUCUACAGUCCUGAACAGCUUCCACCCAAAGCUGAUCUUCGAAACGACAUGACAGACGUCGAAGAUCAAUCGAGAAUUGGCAGUUGCGCGGGAAAUGCAUUAGCAGGUGCUUAUGAGUAUUUGACAAAGAAACAACAUGGUCAAAAUAUUGACGUGAGCCGCUUAUUUAUCUACUAUAAUGCGCGUGUCAAGGGAAGUGGAUCAUCAAAUGUUAGUGAUUCGGGUUGCUCAAUGACGAAUGGUAUUGAGGCACUUGAAGAAUUUGGUACCUGUCUCGAAUCAAUAUGGCCGUACGACAUAUCAAUGGUUAACGCCCGCCCAAGCGAUCAAGCUUAUGCAGGAGCCCAGCAUCACAAAAUUACAGAAGCACUUCAAAUCAAAAUUGAUUUGCACGAAAUGAAAUCAUGUCUUGCUCAAGGUUUUCCAUUUGCAUUUGGACUGCGUCUAUUCACAUCAUUUGACAAAGCCGCUACAACAGGUGUUGUGCCAAUGCCCAGUUAUUCUGAUCGUAGUCGGCAAUCAGACGGCAGUCAUGCACUGUUGGCAGUCGGUUAUAGUGAUCAAUCACAAGCGUUUAUUGUUCGAAAUUCAUGGGGAACUAGUUGGGGUGAUCACGGAUAUUGUUAUAUUCCAUACGAUUAUCUGACUGAUUCUAAUCUCUGCUUUGACGUGUGGACCAUACGCAAGAUUCCCACCGAUGAUUUUGGGCAAGAUCAUUGGGAUAAAGAUGAUGCAACCGAUUACCAAAAUAAUAGAAACAACGACGAUGAUGAUUACGGUGAAAAUCGUGCGAUCGAAGAUUUUGAUGAAGAUGACCCUUGGACUGAUUUUGGAGGCGCAACAGGUGGUUUCAGAGAUGGUACAGACGAUGGUUUUGGUUUUAACCGUGGUGGUGAUGACUUUGGUUUUAACCGUGGAGGUGAUGACUUUGGUUUUGACCGCGGGGGUAAUGACUUUGGUUUCAACCGUGGUGGUGAUGACUUUGGUUUUGACCGCGGGGGUAAUGACUUUGGUUUCAACCGUGGUGGUGAUGACUUUGGUUUUAACCGUGGAGGUGAUGACUCUAGUGUUGAAAAUCGCGGUGAUUUCGCUCAUGAGCGUCAUGGUCACCACAGACAUCAUGGUCACCAUAAACGCGAACAGGACGAAUAUGAUAAUUGA